AAAUAAUCCCUCACAGCUGGGGACAAAAUGUUCGAGCAAGGAGGAGAAAAAGCUCGUCCUCCCACUCACGUUUUAGCUUGCCAGCUUCACUUUGCUCUGAGCGGAUAAAAGAAGGCAAACUGCUGGAUUCUUUUGUGCUUCAAUUUUAUUAGUCACAACAAGAUGGUUCACCAACUAAUCGUGCUAGCAUCCUCGUUAGCAGUCUUGAACUUCGUUCAGGCGCAACAAGAUGUAAGCAUCUGCAUAAUGGCCAUUGCUCGUUCCUGCGCUGAGUGCAUUCAAGUGGAUGAGUCGUGCGGAUGGUGUACGGAUGAGAACUUCCGCUCAGUGCACCAGUCCACUCGCUGUGACGUUAUGUCGUCUCUGAGAGCCAGGGGCUGCAAGGAGGCCCAGACGGUGAACCCUCGAGGCAGCGUCUGGAUUGAGGAGAACAAACUGCUCUCCGAUGGCGAUGCACACCAGCAGGCCACGCAGGUUCAACCUCAGAAACUCACCCUUACUCUCAGAACCGGCGAGCCGCAGACUUUUAACAUGAAGUUCAAGCGAGUCUCAUCAUCUGAGGUCAUUCUGGAAAACAGCCAGCUUCCACAGGGAGUUUCCAUCAACUUUGAGUCCAUUUGUAAGAAUGGCAUGGAGGGGACCGACGAAGACGGCAGGAAGUGUUCAGAUGUCUCCAUCGGAGAUGAGGUGACCUUUAAGAUCUCCAUUAAGUCCCAGAAGUGCGAGCUGCGUGGCAUGCCAGAAAGCAUCAAGAUCAAACCGCUGGGCUUCACCGAGGAGGUGGAGGUGGUCCUGAACUUCAUCUGCGAGUGUCCAUGCUCGGACAUGGGGGAGCCCAACAGCGACAAGUGCGAAGGUCACGGCACUUUCAAGUGCGGUGUCUGCCAGUGCAACGAGGGUCGCGUCGGGCAUCUGUGCAAGUGCAGCACGGAAAAUAUGGAUACGGAGGAUAUGGAUGCAAAUUGUCGCAAGGACAACGGCACCGACAUCUGCAGCAACAACGGCGAUUGCCUGUGCGGAACCUGCGAGUGCAAAAAGAGGAAUAAUCCCUCUGAGAUCUAUAGCGGGAAAUACUGCGAGUGCGACAACUUCAAUUGUGACCGCUCCGGCAACAAGCUCUGUGGAGGCCACGGUCGUUGUGAGUGCCGCGUGUGCGUGUGCGACGUCAACUACACAGGCAGUGCGUGCGACUGUUCGCUGGACACGUCAACCUGCCUGGCCAAGAAUGGACAGAUUUGUAACGGCCGAGGAACCUGCGAAUGCGGUGUCUGCAAGUGUACCGACCCAAAGUUCCAGGGACCUACCUGCGAGAUCUGCCCCACCUGCCCCGGAGUUUGUGCUCAACACAAGGCAUGUGUGGAGUGCCGAGCGUUCCGGACGGGCGAGAAGAAGGACACAUGCGAGCAAGACUGCGACUACUUUGCUCUGACCAAAGUAAAGGACACCAGUGAUCUUCCGAUGCCUCCUUUUAACCAGGAUUUCCGCCUUAUGCAUUGCAAGGAGAGAAACGACGAUGACAGCUGGUUUUUCUUUACCAUCCGCGUUGACACCAAAGAGGUCCACGUUGUCGAUCAGCCAGGAGCCAUAAUUCCCGCUCGUUCUGCCAACUUAAUGGAAAGAGGCGUCUCCUCUUCCCCUUCUAUCUUUAUGUUUGGAUUGAAUCAGUGGCUUGGUGUCAUGUGUUGUCUUACAACCUUCUCAGUCCUUGUUCCACUGUUUACACGUUAACUCCUCCCACCAGAGAUUCGGACGAUCCCAUCGUGGAAAGCAACGACAGAGUAAAAGAAAAAUGAAAUGCUCCUCAAUACCUUCGUUUCACAGAGACGGCAAUUAUAGAUGACGUGUCUGAAUUAUUAUCUGUACAACAUACUUGAUUAUGUAUUUUGUAUUGCAAGUGAAAUGAAAUAAGUUUGAAAUAUGAUCAAUACAUUAAGGGACAGACAAAACCUUUAUAAUGUCAAUCAAUCAAAAGAAUCUUGGUUAAUAAAUUGGAAAAAGCACAUAAUUAAAUAGGUAAAAUUUGUAAUGGUGGAGAAGGAGAAAAAAGCCAGUACAGUGGUACCUCUACAUACGAUCGCUUCGACACACGAACUUUUCGACAUCCGACGUAAAAUUUGACUCGCCAUUUGUUUCUACAUCCGACGACAUGCUCGAAAUACGACGACAAUGGCAGCACCGCAGACGAAUGCACGGCGGAUUUUCUUGUGUGACAAAUCAACACAGGUUUCAGAAAAGGUUGGUACAGGUGGUGAAACAAGGAAAAAGUUGACGCUUACCUUCUAAAUAAAGAUGCAAAUGACAGAAAAAUAUGAGCGUAGGGUGGGCAUCCGUGAAAUGGCUCAACAAUACAUCUCCACGGUCCUCCUCCGACCAUCGUUCGCCAGUCUUUAUAAGUUAAGCUGACAAUUCUUAUUGUGGUAACAUCUCCAGAGAAAUCGCCAGCUUCGCCACGUUUUCAGCAUUUCUUUCACAACUUAUUCAACACAAAACGCCUGCUGUCUGCCGCAAUUGACGAUGUUCUCAAGAAAGCAUUGAAAGCGAAAGUAAACUUUCACCCGCUCCCCUCCCUCUUUGUCACGUCAGCGCCGCGGUGCCUUCAGGUACAGAAAAAAACGUCCGCCUUAUUAGAACCCGUUUCGUUACACUAUUAAAGGAAUUAUUAUUAUUAUUAUAUUAUUAAUCCGAUUAUUAUUUAUUAUUUAUUUGUUUUGCUAUAUGUAAUUGCCAUUUGUAAUAGUACCAGCAGUAUUUUUUAAGGAUUUAGUGCAGGUUUUUGGGCUGUGGAACGAAUUAAUGGAAUUAUAAUGUAUUCCUAUGGGAAAAUCCUGCUCGACAUACGACCAUUUCGACUUACAAACAAGCUCCUGGAACGGAUUAACUUCGUAUGUAGAGGUACCACUUGUAUUUCAUGAAAGUGGCCGUCUGACAUGGGGGCAGACAUUUUAUCAAUGCUGGUACUGUUUUAGCCAAUCAAAUGUGAGUCUCCCGAAUUACUCGCAGUUUCUCAUUAUGUCAUUAAUAUCCAUAAUCACGUGCACUUGUUCUCUAGUCUAUUAGUGUCUAUUAGUGUUUAUGUGUGUAAAACUGAUAGCACAAAGUCCCUAUGGCCAUAUGUGUUGAGUUUUCAAUGACUAUAAAUAAAAUAUUUUU